AUGAUGCUUCCGCGGCUUCCGCGCGGGGUCGGGCUCCCGGAGGAGGUGGUGAAAAUGGCGCUGCUCCAGGACAUGUCGCCACUUCGAGAGGUCCCUGUGGACUUGCACCUGCUGGGGCUGGGCCAGAAGGGGAAGCUGCGUGUCACCGACCCGCUGAAGUCUUUCCUGCGCAUCGCAGAGAAGCGGCUCGGCUGGAGGCUGCAUUCGCACGCCGACAUGCCGGACUUGGUGAAGGCGGUCGCCUCCGCUGAGUACCCGCCGUAUUUCUAUUGCGUGAAGGAUCGGCAUUUGUUGCCCGUGGAGUUGCUCAUGGACACGGGGCCAUCGCAGACCAGGGCGGGUAUCUAUACGAGGGCCUGCCCGACGACGCGCUGA